CGUGUCGCGCCUUUUUAAAUGUUUGUAAUUGGACUAAUUGACAGUGGGCGGGGCUUCCGAUCCCUGCGCUCUGAUUGGUCGGCUCCCUGCGGCCGGAUCACUAGUGAGAACGGUUCGUGUUGAUUUCAGGAGUCAUCAUGGCGCUCACUUCCACAGUCCAAGAGCACCCAUACAGCCAUUUAAUCGACACCCUAAAGGAUGGCUCGAUCAAAUUCUUCAACCCACACAAAAUAAAUGAUCCAAGAUAUGACAAGCUGCCUCUGUCCAUCCGUAUCUUACUGGAAUCCGCAAUCCGUAACUGUGAUGGCUUUUACACGAAACAAGAAGACGUCCAGAAUAUUUUGGACUGGCAGCAGCAGCAGAAUAAAGCCGAGGUGCCGUUCUCACCAGCUCGAGUCCUCCUGCAGGACUUCACUGGUAUUCCUGCCAUGGUGGACCUGGCUGCCAUGCGGGACGCCCUGGCCAAACAUGGCGUGGACCCUGGCCUGGUCAACCCUAAAUGUCCCACAGAUCUCAUAGUCGACCACUUACUACAGAUCGAUUACAGCAAAUGUGCCAUACAGAAUGCCCCGAACCCCGGUGGAGGGGAAGGUUCAGGCCCGAGCCAUGGCUCCUCUCGCUCCGUACCCAGCCGGCCCCCGUCCAGAGGAAGCUCGCAGUGUGGAGGCCAGCGUGGCGCCUGCAGGAAGUCUGCCUGCAGCGACCCCGCCGCCUCCGCUGGCCGGCCCUCGUCCUCUGUCCAGCAGAUCGAGAACACUCCUCUCCUCUGCCCUUUCCACCUGAAGCCCGUCUCCGAAACGGAAACAGCUGUGAAGAAUCAGGAAAUGGAACUGAUCAGGAAUAAAGAGAGGCUUCAGUUCUUUAAGUGGUGUUCAAAAGCCUUCAAGAAUGUGAACGUGGUUCCUCCGGACGUCGGCGCUGUCCACCAGGUGAACCUGGAGUAUCUGUCCAGGGUGGUGCAGGUGAACGACGGCUUCAUCUACCCCGACAGCGUCGUGGGGACAGACUCUCACACCACCAUGAUCAACGGCCUGGGCAUCCUGGGCUGGGGCGUCGGAGGGAUCGAGUCUGAGGCGGUGAUGCUGGGCCAGCCGGUGUCUCUGACCCUCCCUGAGGUGGUGGGCUGUAAGCUGGUGGGCUCCAUUAACCCUCUCACUACAUCCAUAGACAUCGUCCUCGGCAUCAAAAAGCACUUGCGACAAGCGUCCAUCACGGGGAAGUUUCUGGAGUUCUUUGGGCCUGGCGUCUCGCAGCUGUCAGUCCCCGACCGAACCACCAUCGCCAACAUGUGCCCCGAGUACAGCGCCAUCGUCAGCUUCUUCCCCGUCGACCAAGUAACACUAGAGCACUUUAAAAAGACACAAUUCAGCCAGGAAAACCUUGAGAUGCUGGAGUCUUACAUGAAGGCUGUAAAACUUUUCCAAAGCUAUGAAGACUCCUCUGAAGAGCCAGAGUUUUCUGAGGUGAUCGAGAUCGACCUGAGCUCCAUGGUGCCCUACGUGAGCGGACCCAAGAGGCCGUCGGACCGCGUGGAAGUCAGUAGCAUGAAGGAAGACUUCCAGAGUUGUCUGAAUGAGAAGGUUGGUUUUAAAGGUUUCCACAUCGCCAAGGAGAAGCAGGAGACCCGCGUUCCCUUCCUGCACAGCGGCCAGGAGUACCAGCUGGCCCACGGCUCCGUGGUCAUCGCCGCCGUCAUCAGCUGCACCAACAACUGCAACCCGUCUGUCAUGCUGACUGCAGGUCUCCUGGCCAAGAAGGCGGUGGAGGCGGGGCUUGUGGUCAAGCCUUACAUCCGGACCAGCCUGGCUCCUGGGAGCGGGAUGGUCACUCACUACCUCAACGCCAGCGGAGUCCUGCCUUAUUUCAGCCAGUUGGGGUUCGAGGUGAUUGGUUACGGCUGUGCCACCUGCGUGGGGAACACGGCGCCGCUGCCAGAGGCAGUCGUGGAUGCGAUCGAGCAGGGCGAUCUGGUGGCCUGCGGAAUAUUGUCAGGAAACAGGCACUUUGAAGGCCGCCUGUGCGACUGCGUGCGCGCCAACUACCUGGCGUCACCUCCGCUCGUGGUGGCGUACGCCAUCGCCGGCACCGUGGGCAUCGACUUCGAAAAGGAGCCUUUAGGUGAGACGCCGGAGGGGAAGCAGGUGUAUCUCCGGGACGUCUGGCCGUCCAGAGAGGAGGUCCAGCAGACCGAGGAGGACACGGUCAUUUCCUCCAUCUUUAAGGAUCUCAGGGGGCGAAUGGAGAAAGGGAACGUGUUUUGGAAUAGCGUUGAAUGUCCGGACGGCGUCGUUUUCCCGUGGGAUCACAAAUCCACCUACAUCCGCUCGCCGUCAUUCUUCAGCAAACUGAGCAAAGAGGUUCCUGCUCCCCAGUCGAUAGAAAACGCCCACGCCUUACUGUUCCUGGGCGACGAGGUGACCACCGACCACAUCUCGCCGGCAGGCAGCAUCGCCAGGGUCAGCGCCGCGGCCAAGUAUCUGCUGAGCAAACGACUGACGCCUCGAGAGUUCAACUCGUACGGCGCACGCCGGGGGAACGACGCGGUGAUGACCAGAGGGACGUUCGCCAGCAUCAAACUCCAGAACCGAUUCAUCGGCAAGCCGGGCCCGAAGACUCUGCACAUUCCUUCAGGCCAGACGAUGGACGUGUUUGAGGCAGCGGAUCGCUACCAGAGAGACGGCGUUCCCCUCAUCAUCCUGGCGGGAAAACACUACGGCUCCGGGAACUCCAGGGACUGGGUGGCCAAAGGGCCGUACCUGCUGGGCGUCCGCGCCGUCAUCGCCGAGAGCUUCGAGAAGCUCCACAAGAGCCAGCUGGUGGGAAUGGGCAUCAUGCCGCUGCAGUUCCAGUCCGGCCAGAGCGCCGACUCCCUGGAGCUCAGCGGCAAGGAGAGGUUCAGCAUCAGCCUGCCGGACAGCCUGGGCCUGAGGCCGCGGCUCACCGUCAAGACCAGCCAGGGAAAGUCCUUCACCGUCACCGCCCUGUUCGACACGGAGACGGACGUCAUCUUCUUCCAGCACGGGGGGCUCCUUCGAUACGUGGCGCGGACUUUGCUCUGAAGCUGCAGCUGCUGUCACUUCACGUCUUCAACGCGGAGGUCCGAUGGGUUUUCGCUCAUUUGAAGCCGGAUCCAGACUUUUGGAGACCUUUACAGAACCGUCACCUGAAGCGGCGCCACGAGGAGAUCCUAGUCCCAUCUGCGAACACUUGGUGGAUUACUCACAGGAGACUGAUCUCAUGUUACAGAGCCGCGGCUUGUAUCUCAUUUAACCUGAAGCAGGAACAGCUGACACGGUGCUCGGUACUAACGCUCUCUCACGUCCCCCACCACCCCCUAAAAAAAACAAACAUUCAAGUGUCAAAUGUUGUGAAUGUCAGAAAUCUGCUGAAUUGAUGUCACUUUCCCAGAGUUUCCGUCUGGGGCCAAAACAAUCUGAUGUAAAUUAAAGUGCUGUUAAUAUUUCUUGAAUCGAACUUUUUGUUACGCUCACUUUUUACCAGGUUCUUCCUUCCUCCAGUCUUGAUCAUGCUCCAAAAAAAUAGAGUACAGUAUUACUUUAGUUUAAAAAAAAAAAAAGUCCAUAUUUCAUGAAAAUCAUGAAGUGGGGUGUUUUUCUGUUUGUGCUGAUGAUCCUGCAGAAGGGAAAACACCGGCCUCA